AUGAACUUUAGUGCGGUUUUGCUAUGUCUUCUUGUUGUUUUCAAAUGUGCUGCCUGUUUGAAUUCAACGAUAGAUACAUUGGAAUGCCCUGCACUGGAAUCCGGUGAUAUAUAUACUCAGUCAGAGUUUUUGUCACGACUGGCUCACAAAUGUCGGUACGAUCGCCUCCUGCUACCGACAUAUGAGACCCGAGAUGUGGUCUAUGUUCAUGCCAGUGCUUAUAUUUACUUCAUUCAACCGGCCGAAGCCCAUGAUUUGAACUUUAAACUGCAUUUCCUUUUGCAACUGCGUUGGACUGACCCACGAUUGGCCUACUCAAUUUAUUCCCCUGAACGUACGCGAAUCAUUGGAGAAAAUGAUCUUCGAUCAAGGGUUUGGGCUCCCCAUCUAUAUAUUCCUAACGAGCAGUCUUCCAGCUUAAUGGGGACAGAUAGUAAGGAUGUCCUUAUAUCGAUAGCUCCCAGCGGCGAAGUUCUUUUCAGCCGCAGAAUGCAGGGCGUCUUGUAUUGUUGGAUGAACCUUCAGAAGUUUCCCUUCGACGAGCAGACUUGCUCCAUGAAUUUGGAGAGUUGGAAAUACAACGCGUCCAUUUUAAGAUUGAUGUGGGAAAAGGAUAACCCCGUACGUCUGUCGUCUGAAUUGCAUUUAACGGAAUAUUCUUUGCUUGAUUACUGGACCAACGAGUCCGUUGUUCGAGGAGAUAUGGCUCACAUGAGAGUGGGGGGAGCUGGAAACUAUAGCGCCCUGAAGUUCACUUUUAAGUUAGGACGUGAGGUCGGUUACUAUUUGAUGGAUUACUUUAUACCCUCUAUGAUGAUAGUCGCCAUGUCAUGGGUAACGUUUUGGUUACAAGCUGAUGCGUCACCUCCAAGAAUUACAUUGGGAACAAGUACUAUGUUGUCGUUUAUUACUCUGGCCUCGUCACAAGCUAAAACCUUACCGAAGGUCUCUUAUAUUAAAGCGAGUGAAAUCUGGUUCCUGGGAUGCACUGGAUUUAUUUUUGCGGCCCUUGUCGAGUUUGCAUUUGUCAACACUAUAUACCACAGAAAAAAAGUGGCACCAUUGAAGAAAGUCAAUAGUAAAUACAUCCUUAAAAGUACGUUAACUCCACGACUGGCACGAAAGGAACUUCAAAAGGAGAUGCAGGAAUCUUCGCCACAAUUGAGCAAGUCACGGUCUUGCUCUUCGCUGUCACAGGAAACGAGCACUGAACCUGCAGGCCCUGGUUAUAAUAAUUAUCUUACAGUACAUAGUUUCCCAUCUGCCAUGAAUUUACCCACGAUAACGACACAGAGUUGCGACGAUAUGAACACGAGGCAAUCUCCGGGACGCCGUCAACAUUUAAACUCGGGCAGUGACAUUUCUGACGAUCCUCCGCAGCACCACACGUGGACUGAAAUGACUCCGAAAGAGAUCGCUGCCUGGAUUGACAAGCGCUCCAGACUUCUGUUUCCUUUAAUGUUCUUGUGCUUCAACAUUCUAUAUUGGACCUUUGUAUACUGUCUAUAA